AUCUAUAUCUUAUCUAUAAUUGUACUCGAGUCUCUCGCAAGAUGCAGUCGCUCCGCUCUCCUCUCUCCACCAAGAAUGUGAAUGUGAUCAGUGCUCAGAUGAUCAAUGUCACCCUCAAAGACAAGGAGAACACGCCGCCGUCUGUGAGCAGCACUCGGCUGUUGGCCAGUAAGACCGCCCGGAAGAUCUUCCAGGAUCCGGAGCCGCCGUCGAAGGUCGAGGCCGUGAGUCGGUCCCCGGAGGCGGAGGACGAGCCUUUGCUGAGGGAGAACCCGCGGCGCUUCGUGGUCUUUCCCAUUCAGUACCACGACAUCUGGAGGAUGUACAAGAAGGCGGAGGCUUCGUUCUGGACUGCAGAGGAGGUUGACCUUUCGAAGGAUAUCCAGCAUUGGAAUUCUCUUAAGUCAGAGGAAAAGUACUUCAUUUCUCAAGUCUUGGCAUUCUUUGCAGCAAGUGAUGGCAUUGUCAACGAGAACUUGGUGGAACGCUUCAGUCAAGAAGUUCAAAUCACCGAGGCUCGCUGUUUCUAUGGUUUCCAAAUUGCUAUGGAGAAUAUUCACUCUGAGAUGUAUAGUCUUCUUAUUGAUACUUACAUCAAGGAUCCCAGGGAGAGGGAACAUCUGUUCAAUGCAAUUGAAACCUUGCCUUGUGUGAAAAGGAAGGCUGACUGGGCUCUGCGCUGGAUUGGGGACCGUCAAGCAACAUUUGGGGAGCGAAUUGUGGCUUUUGCUGCUGUAGAAGGAAUCUUUUUCUCUGGAUCAUUCGCUGCUAUUUUCUGGUUGAAGAAGCGAGGUCUGAUGCCUGGCUUGACCUUCUCUAAUGAACUGAUCAGCAGAGAUGAGGGACUACACUGCGACUUUGCUUGUCUGAUGUUCAAGCAUUUGGUAAAUAAACCUACAGAGGAAUGUGUCAGGAGCAUCAUCCAGGACGCUGUCAAAAUUGAACAGGAGUUUUUGACAGUGGCUUUACCAGUGAAUUUGAUCGGAAUGAACUGUACUUUAAUGAAACGGUACAUUGAGUUUGUAGCUGACAGAUUGAUGCUGGAGCUGGGUUUCAGUAAGAUCUUUCAGGUUGAGAAUCCGUUUGACUUUAUGGAGAACAUUUCUUUAGAAGGCAAAACAAACUUUUUUGAGAAGCGUGUUGGAGAGUACCAGAGGAUGGGUGUCAUGGCUAGCUCCACUGAUAAAUCCUUCGUACUGGAUGCAGACUUCUAAAAGCACUUGAGACUGAUGUUAAUAUUAUUUGAUCAUGAAAGAUGUAGUAUUCACCAGAUGCCAGUCUGAAGGACUGAAGCUGAGCAAUAGUUGAGCUGCCAAGAGACCACUAAUGCAACUUGAGAUAUUUGAAUCAAAGCUGGACUACAUUUUCAGAACUUGUUGAGUUUUGCACAUUUUUGGGGUUUGAUGAAUGCGGUGCAUCUAAACAAUUCAACUGUUUACAUGUACCAUUUGUUUCCUUGAGCAGAUGUUUUUUGUGAUAGUUUUACUAGCUAUGAUUUUGCAACGGAGCUGAAGUGACUUCAAUACUUUUUUUUCUUGUAUAGUAGUAGUCGUUUAAUUCUUUUAAAAAAUAGAGUAAACUCCUGAGAACAUGUCACUGGAAGGGAAAAGGGCCCGGUGAUGAAUUAUCCUAAAUGGUGAGUUAGGUGUUGUGUAAAUACAUAAAUAAAUGUGGCUGGGAGAUUGUCCGCAUGAUGGCUUAAAAGUCGUGACAAGUUGAACCAGGCUCAAGUUAUCGGGAGUUCACUUGAUUUUAACCUGCACUUUCUGAAUAAAAUUCAAUGUUCCAAAA